AUCGCCUUUGGCUCCUCUUGACUCGGAUAUAUCCAACGAAAUCCCUCGGCCGCUGUCCCUUUCUUUGCAUUGAAAUCUCUCGUCUCUCUCGUCUCCUCCUCCCUUCUUCCUUUGCUUUCGAUUGCUUGAUUGCUCUCGGGCGACGACGAUGACGGAUCCGGAAUCCAAAAAGAACAACCAUUUGCCCCCAAACCUCGUCGCGAACCUCCAGAACGUCCUCGCCGGAAGAAGGGCCGGCGGGGGAAACGGAGACGGCGGUGAAGUCGAUUCCAAGCCGGCGGCCGAGGAGGACCUCCGUGUUCCGUCCUCGUCCUCCGCUCCCGCGGCUGACGCCGCUGCCGCCGUCGCCGCCGCCGGCGCAGAUGGAUCGAAGAAACCCGUGGUCCUUGUGACCAACGCCGACGGGAUCGGCUCCCCCGGCCUCACCCUUCUCGUGGAGGCCCUUGUUCGCGAGGGACAAAGCGAUGUCCAUGUCUGCGCCCCCGAUUCGGACAAAUCUGUGUCUGGUCAUUCAAUUACUCUUCAUCAAACGGUUGCAGCAACAUCUGCGGAUAUUAAAGGUGCCACAGCUUUUGAGAUUUCGGGGUCUCCUGCUGACUGCGUCUCUUUAGCUUUAUCUGGUGCAUUAUUCUCAUGGUCCAAGCCCACACUGGUCAUCAGUGGAAUUAACAAGGGUUCAAAUUGUGGUCAUCACGCCUUCUACUCUGGUGCUGUUGCUGGUGCUAGAGAGGCUUUAGUUUGUGGAGUUCCUUCACUUGUAAUUUCAUUGAACUGGAAGAAGGACAAGAGUCAAGAAAGCGAUUUCAAGGAUGCGGUUGAUGUUUGUUUACCGCUGAUAAAUGCUGCAAUUGGGGACAUCGAAAAGGGGACUUUUCCAAAAAACUGUCUGCUGAACAUAGAAAUCCCCACAGCUCCCUCUGCCAACCAGGGCUUUAAGCUGACCAGACAGAGCCUUUGGAGAUACACAUCAAGCUGGCAAGCUGUCUCAGCAAAUAGACAUCCUGCCGCAGGGCAGUUCAUGUCUAUGCACCAAAGCCUUGGUAUCCAGCUUGCACAGCUUGGCCGAGAUGCCUCUGCAGCAGGAGCGGCCCGCCGCACUGGUGCUCAAAGGAAAAUUGUAGAAAUAGAAUCAGUUGCAGCUUCUGGAAAAUCUGAGCAGAGAGAAGUGCUGAAGAAGUAUUUCCGACUAGAGUUUCUUGAGAAGGAGCAGGAAGCUAUGGAUGAUGAUUUUGAUUUCAGAGCCCUGGAGGAGGGAUUUGUAACUGUUACUCCUUUAUAUUUGGAGUUGCAAGUGGAGCCCGAGAUCCAAGCACUUGCUUCUGAUUGGCUUGCAGCAGUUUUAAAAGGAGUCGAAGAGGCUCCUGUGGCUGAUGUGUAGUUUCUAACUUGCAUACUGUAUGUGGUUUACCUUGAUUUCCUCCCCAAAUGGAAGGUUGUGUUAGUUCCAGUUUGUGCUGGUUUGUCAUCAUUUGAUUCUGUUUGUUAAUUGUUUGUUGUCUUUGGUAGAACAUUCCUGACCCAUUACAUCAUUAACAUUGGUGGCAGCAUGCGGUUAAAAGUGUUUGGUUGAGAUAAUGAAUGAUUCAUUGCUAA